GUAUAUUAAAUAUAAUAAUGUCUAAAAUUCAAGUAAUAUUAUUUGGUCUUGUGUUCGCGGUUACUUUUGUUCAUGCUCAAGAUCCAAACUUCAAUAUAUUUCCGGAUCAAUUCAAUGAACAGAUCCACGAGAAAGACGUUUUGGCUUUUGUCAACACUCUGGCCGAUGAGGCGAACGGCUAUCUCAAGAAUGCUCAACAGAAAUACAACUCUCAGGGUUUGAACGUGGUCAGCCAGUUCUACCAAGAUGCUAUGGAUGCGUUCAGACCUAUUCUACCAUGGGCGUUUAGCGAAUUAGAAAAGAUUAACAUCUACCCACUCCAGCACUCAAUCACCACCAUAAUUGUUGGUCAGGUUUACGACUUUGUAUACAUGUUGGAGCGUUUGACUGAACUCCGAGCUGUUAAGCCCCGGUCGGUCACCGGCAAUGAGCACAACCUUAUCAACCGAUUGAAAACUCUGGAGAGUCGAGUCGUGUCCGCCAUCGAGGGCGCAAAGAAAAGAGGAAUUAUUCACGUGCCUACCUUUAUGUACCAGUAUUAUGAUAAGAUUAAUGCCUUCUUGAACGCUGAGUUCCCCAAAUUAAAUCAAGCGAUCGGUAAUUUACCCUCAGCUGCACUCAGACAACAAAUUAUUCAACAACUAAUUAUCGAUCUAACACACUUGACUCAAAUGCCCUUUGUCGUUUAA